CGGCACGGUAACUCAAAGGUAGUUCGGUACUCGCACGUGGGCCUUCGUUCGUGUCGGAUGUGUGCGCGCAGGGAAAAUCGCCAAUUGUAAAAAGACAUCAGUUACCACGUACGUGUCGUCAACAGUGCAUCGCGUUUAAUUAUAUCUAUACAUACAUAACAUACAUACAUACACACACAGACACGAUUUAUACGUAACAAAUUUAGGAAACCGUUUUUAAUUUGUCCGUGUUAGUAAGUAAAAAAUUCAUUUGUAACGCGAGCAGCUGUUGUCCCCGUGUGCAUUAUUAAUCCACGACGUCAAUUUUACCGACGAUCAAAUAUUAUCUCGCCGCCGAGGGGGUUACUUAUGUGAAUUCCUUCCUGGUGUUUCUCGUUCGGAUUAACCACGAUAUUGCAAGUGCGUCGGGUAACAGUGUGCUGAGGAACUUGAUAGAUAACCAAGUCUCUAGUCGUUUAAAUGCAGCUAAACUUGUGACGUAAUUAGCGUUGAUCAAAGUACCAAAGAAAGUGUCAAAAUUGAGCAAGUCGUCGUUCCAUCUGGCGGUGAUCUCGCCAAAAUUUGGAGGAUGUUGAUGCCUGGUGCCGCUGGUCUCAGUGCCGUCGGCGCGGUGGGUGCCGUCGGGGCGCCAGGGCCGGACGAGCUGGUCUCGAGCCUUGGCGCGUUGGCCGGCACAACGCCCCAACAAAAAGACACCACCUGGACGAAACUUUUCGUCGGUGGUUUACCUUAUCAUACUACCGACAAAAGCCUCCGGGAACAUUUCAAUGUGUACGGUGACAUCGAGGAAGCUGUUGUCAUCACCGACAGACAGACUGGGAAAAGCAGGGGCUAUGGUUUCGUGAUCAUGGGAGACAGACCGGCAGCGGAGAGGGCGUGCAAAGACCCCAACCCCAUAAUCGACGGUCGCAAAGCAAACGUCAACCUGGCGAUUCUUGGAGCUAAGCCCAGGGGUAAUCUACAAGCGACAUUCCCGUUCGCUGCUGGCAUUCGGGCUGGAUAUCCCGCGGUUCUUCCUGGCCAAUAUGGGGUGCCACCGGGUUACGUGUAUCAGUCGCCUUACCUGGCGGCUGCGGCGCCAGGUGGUUUGGUACCGCUUCCGGCGACGCAGUUGACCCACGCCGCGGCGAUGGCGGCGGCGUCCCAGUUCUACGAAUAUCAGAACGUCGCGGCCGCGGCCGCCACGUAUCCGGGGACAUCGUACAAUUUCGCCGAGGCGUAUCCUUAUACCAGCGCUGCCGCGGCUGGUAUGUGUUUGAAAACUGUCCAGAGCAAGGACAACAACGGGCUGAUACACCACCAUCAGCAGCACACCGGCAGCAGCCCCGCGGUGCUGGCACAGCAACGAUUGGAGAAAGCUCUCCUGCCGCCCUUUCUGCCGUCCUUGCUACGUAGCAACGCAAACGCGGCAGCAGCUAGCUACGUGACACCGUAUGCAUACACGACGUUACCAGGUGCAGCGGGGUUGCCAGCAGCCGCAGCUGCAGCUGCAACGGCGGCAGGAGCGGCUUUCCCGGGUCUCCCGUACCAAACAACACCUCAAGAGGCGAGAUUGCAAUAGGAGCUGGACGAAUCGCCGCGGGGGAAUCGUCGAAUAUCGUCGCGCGCGAUUUCGGCGGCGUUAAAUUCGCGGUUGAAGAACUCGAUCCUCGCCGUAUAAACUUUCGAUCUUCGCCUGUCCUCUGUAUCCAUCCGCCAUUUUGUAAUUGGCUCACCGGACAGCCGGGGGAGCAGGACGCGAAGAAGACACCACCGUUCAAGAACGGUGACUCAAACGGCACAGUUUCUUACUAAUUUAAUCUUCAAUCUUCCCCACUUUAAUCUUCCUUCCUACGUUCUCCUUGUUAGGGCCAAAACUGGUGCGCUCCCGGCCACCGAUUACUUCGGGGCGCGGGAAGAAACGCAUUGACGUUGUCAUCGUUUAGAAAACUUAACGGAGCACGAUGUCGAUUAGAGGCUUUCAGUGGACGCGAACAUUCUACGAACAGCGAACUGUACAUUUAAUCGUUAACGACACGAGCGAACCGGGGCUGGAGUCUGCGAGACCUUAGAGUUAGAACACGUUCGAGUUAGGCGUACUCUAUGGCAGAGUAAAUGCGAAGACUAAUGUUUAUUCGGAAUCGAUGUAAUCUACCUACGUCGAACAGUAAAAUGGAAUUCAGGACAAGUUUUUUUUAAGACGCGUUUCUUCCACCAAUGUCAGUUUCACGCUAGCCGAUUAUUCUGUCGCGAGAGAAACGUAUGACAAAGCGAAAACGAUGCGAAGAAAUGAAGAAAAUAGAAAUGACCGUGCAGAUAGAAAGUCACUAGCGUGAAACAGUUUUAACAGCGAGUAGUGUUCUAUUUAUAACCUACAUACACCAUCAUCGAUAUCGGAAUUCUGUUGCAACCUUCUCGAGAAGUAAAUUUUUUAAGAAAAUAAUUUUUAUGUUCUUACGAAUAUUCGUUUCGAAUGUUGAUCGAGACUUGCGAGGUUCUUAUGAACCUAGACGCACAGGUUAGAUUCAGCGAACUUGUCGGGGUUGGAGAUUUUUCUAUUUUCUGCGUAAAAAAUUCUUUCUAACCCCGACGGACUAGAUAAACGUGAGUUGUGAAGUGACCACGGAACUUUCGCGUAAUUUAUACUGAUUAACAGGAGGGAUUCUUCAUUUUACGAAUGAUCUGACGACAACCAAGUUCGUGCACAAAGUGUUCUUAUGUCGUACGUAAAUUUAAAUUAUUUGCUAAAUUGUAUCUUUAAAUUAUUUGCGUCCAUAACUAUGAAACGGAAUGGGAAAAAAUUGUUUAAACAUUCAGUUUACGUCUGACAUCGAACACUUUGCGUGAUACUCGAUUAACUCCGCUGGAACUAAACGAACGAAAAAGUAGGCAAGAUGGUUAGAUAUAAAUGUAUUUCGACAGGGCAUUGUUAGAUUCGUGAAUGUGACUUGUCGUUUAGGAAUAUAUCGUGUACCAACGAUUGAAAAGGACUUUGUAAUUGAUUCAUUAGGAUGAAUAUUUUAGACGCUUUUAGAAACGAUGAUCACGUCGUAAGUGAAUUAAAGUGUCGAUGUUGUCUUGAACAAUCGCUUAGAGGCGAAACUACUAAGUGUCUUAUAGACGAUGCCUUUUUUGCGUGACUGGUUAAAGUCACCAAAACGGAGUGAUCAGUGAUUUGUAGUACGAAUCCAAUGAGGACCAAUGGACGAACGAACGAGUCGGUCUUGCGAAAAAUAUAGGAUUGCAUGAAAAUAAUGCAAUUUGUCGUUUUUACGAAAUCGUCGUUGCUUCAUUUUUAUCCGCGUAAAAACCAGCAAAAAUUAAUUUUAAUUUAGUUUCAAACUUAUGCUUUUGAUAACGAAUUGUCUCUAGAAAUAGAACGACAAUUUUAAAUGUUUUCGUUUUAUCAACGAAAUAGCUGAAAACACCUUUACUUUUAAAAUUCAUUCCGAUGUUUCCGUUUUACAUUUGCUAUGAAGAAGUUUGACACACGCGAGUUUAAUCAUUUUCUCAUUGUGUUCGUAAAUUGGUACUACAAUGUUGGCAUGCAGUUUUGCGCAUGUUCUAAAUACAACCCAAUAUUCGUAUUAUUAACUUUUCUAAAAGAAUUUAUUCAAAAAGGUGUCGAUAACUUUAUUUGUGUAUUACGCAGGUCAAAACUAAAAACUUGCCAAGACACAUGAUUUUUUAAACAUUUCUUUCCUAAAAUGUAAAAAUGUUUAAUUUAACAACUUAUUGUACUCAGAACUUCCGAAUUGAAAAUUGAAAUUUAACUAAAUUAUAAAUUCUAAAGUAUAAAUUUUCUUCUAAAUUCUAGAAUUAUUUAUAAGGAUAAUUAGAAAUCAUUGAUAAAUGUGUCUGGUUAACGAACACCAUUUUUAUAUUUGUUAUGAUUUAUUCAAUCAAAAAUUACUAUAUAUUGGAAGCAAACUAUUUAAAGAGCCAUAUUUAUGAACUUCUUUUAGUUUUGGCUGUACAGAGCGCUAAUAAAUUUACGACGCCCUUUGAGCGUCAUUCUGUAUAAAAUACUGUCGACCAACGGAAUGUCAUGGCCUGAAGAAUUCACUCGUCCAAUUCUUUUAAGUGAUCUGGUGCCUUAAUUAGCACGACCGAAUAGUUUUAAUGGUUAGAAACUAGUCAGUGAAUCGUUAGCGCGAAACUAUUCGUUAACACGUGCAUCUGGAGGGAUGAAGGUGAAAUGAAACGAGACGACGGAAUGGAAACAGAGGAGGAAUAACUAGCUAGCGAUUAGGGAGACGGAGAGUCGGGCUAUGAAGAAUGAGACUGUCUAGUCCUAAACCCGUCGAGACCUUAGACGAGGUACACUCGAUUCGUUAGAAUUGUAAGUAGACGUUAAUAUGCAUGAAGAAACGGAGGAAGAAACCAAAAGUCUUGUAAAAAGUUAGCGAAAGAGACGCUGUUAGAAAGGUUUAAUCUUAAGUAUUAAUUAUUACGUAAUCGAUCGAUUAAGGUAAUAGGAAAAUAAAUUAAUACCAUUGAUAUUAUAUUAUAAUUAUUAUUAUUAUUAUUAUUACGUAUUAAUUAUUAUUGCUAUUAUUUUAUUAUUAUUAUUAUUAUUACUAUUGAUAAUAUUAUUACUAUUACUAUUAUUAUUAUUAUUAUUAUUAUUAUUAUUAUUGUCAUUGAUUAUUCAUUAUUGUUCAUGUACUUAACGACGAAGCGGAGAAAAAAUGUGAUUGGGCGAAUUUAUUAUUUGGAAGUUACACAUAUCUUCCGUCGCGACGAAAGGAAGAACGAAAUUCAAGUUGAAACCGUGAGAAACGCGAAGUUUCGUCACGGAUACUAUGAUCCUUUCGAAUAUCCUAUAUUCUUAGGAUUAAUCAUUGUAAUAUAUCGUCUGUUAUAUCGUUCUUCAGUAAUAUUAAUAUUAUACACUCUACCAAUAACGUUAACGAAAAAAAAAGUAAAUUAUAUCAUCUCGAAGACAAACGAAGAAGAGAAACGGACGCGUCUUGGUCUUACAAUGAAUCGCGACUCUUGUUGUCUGUUGCUUUUGCACGUCACCUGAAUUCUUCGCGAAAAAACGAACACGAUCUUUGAUUACAGAAAAACGAAAAAAAGGAAAUAAAAUCUCAAUUUUCACAAAACUUAUGUUUUAUUUCAUUCUCGUUAUUCCAUUUUCUUUAUCUCUCUCGUGUCUGAUAUGCUAUAAACAGACAUGAAUAUUAUCUACGUAAGUUAGUAAUUUUCCUAUUUCCCUAAAUUAUACUGUAGUAUUAGUAUGUUUAUAAUUUAUACAGUUACCGUUAUGUUGAAUUUCAAUGUUGCAGCUAUAAAUAAGUUACCCAAUAAUGGAAUUAAAAAGACAGUAAAAUAAUAAGAUGCAUAACCGCAAAAAUGUGAAUUUGAUUUGCAAAAAUGGUGAAUACGGUCUGCAUAAGGGUGAAUUUGGCGUUCAAAAUGUGUAGUAACAGCAACAAAGUUAAUAAGCUAUGUUUCCAAGUAAAAUAUUCCUUCAUUAUGUUUUAUUUUUCGUUUAUCUGUAAACGUUUGAUAUCAAAUCAACAGGGUACACAUAUGUCAGGUUGUGAAUUUGCGAUCUAAAGGAAAGUAUUAUUCAGUUGAAUAAUUUAUCUAUUGCUUACACUUGAAUUGUGUUUAAUUAUUUGAUGCAGUGAUCCGCAAUAUUUUAUGCUUAGCGAACCUUUUGGAAUAUAUUAUGAAAAUGACCUACCCCUUACG